AUGGCUACUAUUUUGUCCAGCAGAAUAAAAGAUGUUAAAAUUCACAAAGCAGGCCUUGAACAGACACAUGACACUUAUAAGAUUAGUAAGUUGAAAAAGUUAGAAUCUCUAGACUUAUCCAGUAACCAACUUUCUGGUGAGAUUCCUGCAAGCAUCACUCAUUUAAACGUUCUUGCUGUAUUGAAUUUGUCAAAUAACAAUUUGUCCAGAAAAAUUCCAUCAAGCACUCAUCUUCAAAGCUCUGAUGCCUCCGCAUAUGCUGGAAAUAAUGAACUUUGUGGGCUUCCUCUUCCAAAUACGUGCCCAGGAGAUGAAACAACUCUUGAUCCUUCGGUUAUCAAUCGUGAUAAAGACAACAUCAUUCAAGGAGAUGAGGAUGGGUUUAUAAACCGAGAAUUUUAUAUCAGCAUGGGGCUAGGUUUUGGUGUUGGAUUUGGUGGUGUCUUUGGCACAGCACUUCUCAAACGUUCAUGGGAACAUGUCCUUUUCAAGCUCUUGAACAGCACAAAUGAUUGGCUCUAUGUGACAACAACAGUGAAUAUGGCAAGAUUGAGGUGGCGACUUCAAAGCUAA